UGAUGUGUAUAUACUGUAUAUGUGAUGUGGCACCUGUUGAGCAAAACAAAAGUGUGAAAUCAGAAUGUUUACAUAAAGCUGUCCUUGUGAUAAUGGAAAAAUCUAAAACAUCUGAAUCCGAGACACAGCACUUAGACGGAGCACAUAACUGCACAUAACCUCGGAGAAUCAUUGCAGCGCUCGUCUCAUCUGAGUUUUCUUGUAAAAAUGGAGCAGAAGGUUGUUCUCAUCACUGGAUGCUCUUCAGGGAUUGGACUCAGCCUUGCUGUGCAUCUCGCAUCAAAUCCAGCAAAAGCCUACAAAGUCUAUGCUACUAUGCGGAACUUGGACAAGAAGCAACGGCUGCUGGAGAGCGUCAGAGGACUGCAUAAAGACACUCUGGACAUCCUGCAAAUGGAUGUAACUGACCAGCAAUCUAUACUUGAUGCUCAAAGAAAUGUUUCAGAGGGCAGAAUUGACAUACUGGUGUGUAAUGCCGGUGUGGGUCUUAUGGGUCCUCUGGAAACCCACUCGCUGGACACUAUAAGAGCCAUCCUGGACGUCAAUCUGCUGGGCACCAUCCGCACCAUACAGACCUUCCUACCAGACAUGAAGAAAAAGAGACACGGCAGAAUCCUGGUCACCGGCAGCAUGGGAGGACUGCAGGGUUUGCCAUUCAACGAGGUCUACUGUGCUAGUAAAUUUGCAAUAGAGGGCGCUUGUGAGAGCCUGGCUAUUCUGCUCCAGCACUUCAACAUUCAUAUAAGCCUGAUUGAAUGUGGCCCGGUCAACACUGACUUCCUGAUGAACCUGAAGAGGACAGAGCCUGGAGACAAGGUGCUGGAGGUGGACGCACACACACGCAGCCUGUAUGACCAAUACCUGCAGCACUGCCAGUCUGUGUUCCAGAACGCUGCGCAGGACACUGAAGACAUCAUUCAGGUGUAUCUGGAGGCGAUGGAAGCGCAGACUCCAUUCCUCAGAUAUUACACCAACAGAGCGUUGUUACCCAUGAGCAGCCUGAAACUCACCUCCAUGGACGGCUCUCAGUACAUCAGAGCAAUGAGCAAACUCAUCUUCUCUUCUCCCGGUACAGAUGCACAGAAAUGAUGCCAACACAGAGUUUCAUUCUUUUUUGGAAAACCUGAGGUAUGGAAAACAGUAAAUGUAUAGAUUUAAGCAUUGUAGUUGUGAAGUAAAGUUCUAAAAUUGCUAGUUUUAUGAAGGUAUGAGGAUUUAAUUAAAGAGAUCAUUUACCAAAAACCUGUCAUUAUUUACCAUAUCAUAAGAAAUCUGUAGGAGCUUUGUUUAUCAUUAAAACUCAAAUUAAGAUAUUUUGAAUGAAUUUAAGGCAGCAAGAGUCAUGAAACAUAA